UGCCCUUCUCACUGGGUGCACGGUGCUGUUUAUGUCCCGAAGGGAUCCUGAAGUCCGUAGCAAGACGACACAUCAUGGCUUUCUUCACUCACCAAAUCUGCAGAAGUUUCUCGUCAUCGGCUGUCAGGAAUGUUGUUAUAAAGCAUGUAACAAUCAUCGGAGGUGGACUGAUGGGUGCAGGAAUAGCACAGGUUGCUGCAUCAACUGGCCACACGGUGACGCUGGUGGACACAAGUGACGACAUCCUUAAAAAGGCUGUCAAAGGAAUUGAAGGGAGCCUUAAAAGAGUGGUCAAGAAGAAGUUUGCUGAUAAGCCAGAGGCAGGUGAAGAGUUCAUCCAGAAAGUCCUGCAGAAUUUGUCAGUCUCAACAGAUGCUGGAUCUGUUGUUCAGGGCUCGGAUCUUGUGUUGGAGGCCAUUGUGGAAAAUCUAAAAAUCAAACAGGAUCUCUUUGGUCGGCUUGACAAGCUGGCACCAGCACACACCAUCUUUGCCAGCAACACAUCCUCUCUGCCCAUCUCUGACAUCGCCAGCUCCACCAACAGGCUGGACAGAUUUGGCGGCCUUCACUUCUUUAACCCGGUCCCUGUGAUGAAGCUUGUAGAGGUCAUUGGAACCUCAGCAACAAGCCAAGAGACGUUUGAUUCCCUCCUGAACUUCAGCAAAGUGCUCGGAAAAACUCCAGUGUCCUGCAAGGAUACACCAGGAUUCAUUGUAAACCGCCUACUUGUUCCUUACAUGCUGGAGGCCAUCCGGUUGCAUGAGAGGGGUCAUGGAUCCAAAGAGGACAUUGAUAUUGCAAUGAAGCUUGGUGCAGGUUACCCGAUGGGACCCUUUGAACUAGCGGACUACGUAGGACUAGACACCACUAAGUUCAUCAUUGAUGGCUGGAGCGCAAUGGAUCCCGACAACCCACUCUUUGCCCAGAGUGAGUCGCUUAACAAGUUGGUUGCAGAGGGCAAAUAUGGCAAAAAGACAGGAGAAGGAUUCUACAAGUACAAGUAAUUUGGUUUUACAGUGUUGCUUGUUUUGGGGGUAUACACUAGUCAAACUUCAUAAAAUGAGCCAUCCAACAAGGACUGAUCAGAAAUGGAAAGGAUUCCUGUGCCUUCUACAUUAGUCGACUUCUGUCUGUCGGUCCACUGAAUGAUGUCUUUAUAUGUGUGAAGAGACUAAUAAAUAGAUUUU